AUGCGCAUCUGGCAGACUAGUCCCUUCUGCGCUGAAAUAAGCAUCCGUCUGGGGCCGUGGGUGGCCAACAUCGGUGUAUGCGAUUGUGACGGGGUGGCUGUUCGUGUUGCUCGCAAGGGUGGUUGCACGAGAACAAAGUCAAUGUCCAAAUUAACCAACUUGCAGGGCGCUCAGAGUGACGUCAAUGGGGCCAAAGGCGCCCCAGGCUUCUUAAACCUGGCGCUUCAGGAAUUCGGCGCUGGAGAUUAUAUCUCGUCUAGGCAGGGCGACGGUGCCAGACUUGAGUUCGCCAAGGGGCUGCUCGACAUUGCAACCGGUGGCGGUGACCUUGUCACCGCGAAAAAUGAUCUCUAG